GGACCAAUUUUUGUAAUUUAGUGAUUAAAAUUAAAUUAAAUUGUCAUUUAUAACAAAAUGCGGUACGUGUCGCAAAUAUUUCAACCGAUCAUUACCAUACCAAAGAAUGCAAAGAUCAAAAACACAGAAAUUACUUGUAAGAGUCAAAAACUCCUGCUGGAAUGUGGUCUGGUUCGUCCCACAUCCUCCGGCUUAUUCACCCUUCUGCCCCUCGCUUGCCGCGCUCUAGACAAGCUGGAAGCUCUCGUCAGGUCGUGCUUGGAAGAAGUAGGGGGCCAGAGGGUGUCACUGCCUGCGCUCACUGCAGAGGGGUUGUGGGAAAAGACGGGCAGGUUGCAUCAGGUUGGGACAGAACUAUUGAAACUCCGUGACAGGCAUGAAAAAAUAUAUUUGUUAGCUCCGACACACGAAGAAGCCAUAGCCGAUCUUCUAGCCGACGUUGGACCACUAUCAUAUAAACAAUUGCCAUUGCUGUUAUACCAGAUAAGCAGUAAGUAUCGCGACGAGCAUCGCCCCAAACACGGCCUGCUGCGUGCGCGGGAGUUCAUAAUGAUGGACGCGUACGGCGCACAUGCAGACGUAGAUGACGCCACUGCCGUGUACAAUAAGAUGACAAGGCAAUUUAGACGACUUUUUCAGAGAUUACAACUACCUGUUUAUCGAGUUCAAGCGCCAUCUGGCGAUAUGGGCGGUUCCCUGUCACACGAAUGGCAGCUGCGCGCCAACGCUGGCGAGGACGCUCUGUGUGUAUGUUCGUCCUGCUCGCACUCGCAGCGCGAUACGGGCAAUGCGACGUGCGACGAGUGCGGGAAGGAGAUGGAGAAGUGCAAUAGUAUUGAGGUUGGGCACACUUUCAUCCUAGGCACUAAGUACAGCGCACCACUCGCAGCUAACUUCACAUCAUCUAGUCAAUCGCAGGGUCUGCCUGUCGUCAUGUCCUGCUAUGGUAUCGGGAUCACGAGGUUGCUAGCAGCGAGUCUGGAAGCGUUGUCCAGCGAGAAGUCCCUGCGGUGGCCUAAGGCCAUCGCGCCUCAUAGCGCUAUCAUUAUCGGACCGAAAGAAGGCUCCAAGGAAUGGUUUUCAUUCUCCUCGGACAAGCUAAACCGACUCCAUGCACUGUUAUCAAGUACACAUGCACUUAACGACGUCCUGCUCGACGAUAGACACUCGUACACCAUCGGAAAGCGACUCAUGAUGGCCGACAGACUGGGCUAUCCCACCAUAAUCGUCUGCGGGCGGUCAACCCUGGAGUCACCCCCGCGAUUCGAGGUGUACCAUCCCAACCCCGACAAAGAUGUCUCCAUGCUGCUCAUGACCGAGGAGGAGUUACUGGGCCACUUGAACAAAGAAGAAAAUCAUGUUUUAAUUGAUAAUAAAAUUUAAUUUGUUACAGAAUCGGUGUAUAAUUGACAGGGUGA